UCAUGGGCUAAGAACCUCAUGACAAAUACAUCCUUUUUUGCCAGGUCCACUCCUUCUGCCUUAUCCUCUCCUUCAGACCAACCGAAACCUAAUCCUCUCUGCUUCGGACUUUCGUCCGCCCUUCUGUCUUCCUUGACGACGAUUUCUACCGCUUGCUGCCCCGUCCGUUCUGCCUGCAGAGACUUCACGUAUGAUCCAAACUGGCCUGAGAUAGUUCAGGGUCUUGAGCAUGGACAACAAGCAGUCGAUGAGGCUGAUUUUACUGCUCAAGUGUAUCAACUGAAACUCCUUGAAUACGUGGAAAAAAUUAAGACCGGACAGGUGUUUGGGCCUGUAGUUACUGUCCUCCACUGCGUGGACUUCCAGAAGAGGACUCUGCCCCAUGCACAUGUCCUUGUUUGGCUGAAAAAGAUUAUGGGCAGGGAUCUGCGUCCACUAAUGUUGAUGAUGAUGCUCUUGCGAUUGCACAUGAUAAUGCCAUGGAGGCUGCACUUCGCUGCUUUGGAUCUAAUAACUAAAGCCCUGUCCACAAAGACAAGUGAAAAUUGCUUUGCCAUUGCUGUUUUCACACGAUUGGCCAAGUGCCCAGAAUAGCCUGUUACUAUGUUUGUCGCAUGUUUCCAAACCAAGUGUUUGGCAACCCCCAAUCAUACAUUUCCUUAUUUAUGAUCUGAACUAGGCUAUUUUCAUGCUCUAUGGAUAUCGUUAUUAACCCUU